GACAGAGGAAGAGAAAAGAACAGUGUGUCUGUGACAGAGAGAUAUAUACAGAGAGAGAGAGAGAGAGAGAGAGAGAGAGAGUUACAAGCUCACACCUCACACAAACCAGGAAAGGGGGAGUGAAAGGGAACGCGCUUCUGUGUGUGUGUGUGUGAGUGUUUGUGUGUACGUGUGUGUGUGUGUGAGCGCGCGCACAUGCGUGGCUGCUGGGUAGAGGAUCAUCGGCAGAAGAGGCAACGGUGAGAGAGGAAAGGGACUGAUCGCAGAUGCACCAGCAGCACUGACGCUGAGAGACGGAGAGAGGGAAACGAGAAAGAGAGAGAAAGAAGAGAAAGAGAGCGUGGGACAGAGAGAAAGAAGAAGAAGAGGCAGUGGCCAAGGAAAUUAAGUUUAAGAGGUCUCGUGUAAGGGGAGAAAAGAGAGAGAAAGAGAGGAGGAGAGCAGAACAGAGAAGAUAGGAAUGAGAAGCAGCUUAGACACAGGUUACCACAGGAGAGAGUCCACUGCCGUCCACCUUAUUACACAACAGCGCAGCCUGCGCGGAGGGAUGGGAAGCGAGCCACACGGCGACAGACGGGAGAAGAAAGACCCUGUGUGACCAGACAAGAGGGAGAGGCUGGCGCAGCAACAGCAACAGCACGCAGGAGCACGGGAGGACAAGAGAGAAGAGGAGUAAAGGAACGACAGAGCAGAGAAACGGUGGAAGAGAGAAAGGAAGAAAGACAGCACAGCGCAGCACAGCUCCGCUAUAGAGGCUGUGACGCACUCCACUCUCCUCCAUCUUCCUCUCGACAUCUCUCCAUCAUAUCUUUCUACCGACCGACCCCUCCACCCCUUCACAGGCAGCAAGCAUCCUCUCCCCUCCGCCUAUCUCCUCCAUCCCCCUCUCUCUCUCUCAAUCUCUUGUGCAAUAGUAUCAACUCCACCUCCUGUCUUUCCUGCACAAGACGGAGCAGGGUGCCAAGUCAACACCUCCUAACUCAACACAAAAUGUUGCCAAUGGUGUGAAAUAAACAGGACUUCAUAUCUACAUCAGCACUGCUCAGCAGAUCCCGUGCCAAGGAUAAAAACAGCUACCAGCUACCUAAGAGGUACCAGGAAUAGGAGGAACCUGAAACUGAUGAAGACCAGGGCAAAGAGAAGGACGCAAUAAAGUGAUAACAGGUGAAGACACGGGCAAUACUACCUACAAGCGAGUGACCAUCUAAAGAAUUACAGCGAGGGGGGAUGAUGACAGUGAUGUUGAAGAUGAGACAAGGCUACUGAGGGACCUAUUAUCUCACCCCAGACUCUCUCUCACGUCUGGACAGUCUGCCCCCCUACACACACACACACACGUCAGACUCUUCCUCCUCGCCAGCCCCUCACCCCAGGCCUGCUCAGAGAACCACUCCGAGAACUUUCCAUCACCUAGCGAGUCACCUCUAAAUAAAGACCCCUCUUAUCAAGAGAGUGGGCAAGGUCAGGAGUUAAGAGGACCUGGCUAUCUUCACCAGAGACGCAGACCUCUCACAAGUAUCUGCACUGGCUUCUGUUUUAAGGUCACCGACCCGACAUUGCGGUUUCGCUUGGGAACAGGAAGGAAGCUCUUUAGACUGACUUCAACCAUCAUACUAAAUUUGAGCUUCUGGGUGUACCAGUAGUGUUGUAAGCCUUAGAACCUUUUAUAGUGUUCUGAUGAAGUUUCCUUCCUAUUUAGAGCCAUGAUCUGUGUCUUGUAAAAAAAAAGUACUUGUACAUAAUCAGCGGAACAUAUCUGUAUCAAUACUGGACACGUAUCAAGUCUUUAUUGCUAAAGCAUUAGGUGCUGUAAUUGUGUUACGCAAUCUGUCAUCGAGGAUUAUAUCACAGAUAUUAUCUUGUACUGUACACAAAAGCGUCCUUGAUAUACUUCUAAUCAAUUAAGGACUUACAACAAAACAAAGCAGCAGGAUAAAAGUAAAAUUGCCAACUAUCAUUAAGCUACUGGACUAAGGACAAGCCUGAGCUGGACUGAACCAUCUGGUGCUUAUCUGGACUGUACCAUUUGGACCAUUUGAGCUGAGUAACAGUGGGGUUUACUAUCGAAGGGUCUUUUGGGGGCGCUGGCGUUCCCCCUUCACCUUACCACUCCGCCACAGCAGCAACACAUCACAGCUGGCAGUCGGGGGCAUCCACGGGGGGUAACCAUGGAAACGACCGUCCGUCCCCACGUGCCCUCUAAUGGCUGAGUUAGCCACAACAAGCCCACCCCUGCUCCCCCAGCUCCACAACUGAAAGACCAACUAGUGGGAAAGGCAUCACAACAGCUGAACUUAAAGUCAGCCCCUCUGGAGUACGAUCAGUAGGAGCUACAGACAGACUUGCUCUGCUCCACAUACCCCCCCCAAACCCCCCCCCCACCACCACCACCACCCAAGUUUCUUGGUGACUCACCGCUUUGGAAACGGAUGUCUUGCCUUAGGCGGCAGCCCGUCGCCAUCCCCAUGGAUACCGUCAAGAUCAUCCAGUCGGAGAAGUUCCCGCGCGAGUGCCCCGUGCCUGUGACACAGCCUCGCUUCGCGCCGCCACCCCGCGUGGCGUGGGACGGUGGCGGCCGCGGCGGCAGCUGCAUCGUCAGCAGCCACGAGGGCGAGGUCAUCGUCAACCAGGCCUGCAGUGACCUCGCCCUAGAACUCACCAAGCCGCCGCCGCCGCCGUCGAGCCAGACGCCGCCACCCCCGCGGCCCCUGGUGUCCCCGCCCCACGGGCUCAUGCGGCGCGAGCUGAGCGCCGGCCCCGGCCCCGGCGGCUUCCUGUCGCAGCGCAAGAGCAGCCUGGCCGCCAGCGUGGGCGGCCCCACCGAGAUCUGCUACCACCAGUUCCACUACAAGAUGGACGACGUCAUCGUCAACCAGUACGUGCUGCGCUCGGGCUCCACGUCCUCGGGCUCCUCGUCCACCUCGUCGGGCUCGUCGGUGUGCUCGGGCCCCGUGAUGCCGUCGUGCGAGCCGCUCGACUGCCCCACGUGCGGUCAUGUGUACAACUUUGCCGGCAAGCGGCCGCGGAUUCUCUCCUGCCUCCACUCGGUGUGCGAGGAGUGCCUGCAGAUCCUCUACGAGUCCUGCCCCAAGUACAAGUUCAUCUCGUGCCCCACGUGCCGUCGCGAGACCGUGCUCUUCACCGACUACGGCCUGGCCGCGCUGGCCAUCAACACCAGCAUCCUGAGCCGCCUGCCGCCGGACCCGGCCGGUACCGUGCAGUGGGGCGGUGACGCCGACCGCAGCUGUUACCAGACGGUGCGGCAGUACUGCCAGUCGGCGUGUACCUGCCACCUCACCAACCCCCUCUCGUCCUGCGGGAUCAUGUAGAUCGCGAUCAUCAACGGUGGCUGUGGGUGAACAAGUGCAAAGGAGAGAGAGACAGAGACAGACAGAGAUGGAGGGAAGGAUGAAUGAAGUGAUGGAGUGAAUGAGGGUAGAUUUAUGGGAUGUGGGGAUUGCGAAGGUUGAGAUGGGUGAUGAGGCCUGACUUCCUGGACGAUAUCCACCACCUUCCCACCCUCCCCUCCCGCCCAAAACUCCUCCAUAUAGACCCUGUAUCUACCAAAACAAAUGCUCCUUCUCACACAGCAUACAACACACACACACACACACACACACACAUAAAUACACACGCACAAACUCUCACUGUCCUUGCCAGUAUACACAAU